AUGCUGGCCGUCGCGGCGGGGCAGGCGACGCUGGGGGAGCCGUCCUCGUCGGCGCCGGCCGCCGCCGCCGCCGCGCCCAAGCGCCGGGAUCCCACGCCGGAUCAUCCACCGUAUUCAUGGAUGAUCGAAGAGGCGAUCCAGGCGCUGGGCGAGGACGGCGGCCCGGCGGAGUCCGCCAUCUCGGGCUUCAUCCGCGGCAGGUACCCCGGCGUCCCCGCCGCGCACGACAGGUUCCUCCGCUACUACCUCGCCAAGCACGUCGCCGAGGGCCUCUUCGUCUGCGCCGCGCCUGGGCGGUACUCUUGCUGCUCCGAUGACGAGCCCCAGCCCGAGCUCGCACUCACCGAGGUCCUGGCGGCGGCGGCACAGCCCAAGCGCGCCCGCGGUCGGCCUAGGAAGGAUGACUCGCUGGUGGUGGUCAAGCGUGGGCGCGGUCGGCCUAGGAGGGAUGAUUCGCAGGCCGCUGCGGUGGCGGUGAGUGCUUGGCCUCCGAUGACAGGGGCCAAGCGCGGCCGCGGUCGGCCUCGGAAGGAUGGCUCGGCGCCCAAGCCGGCUUCUGGCAAGAAGUUUGUGAGCGGGUCGCCAUCCGCGAUGCCCAAACGCCGUGGCCGGUCUCGCCUUCUGACGGAUGUAGGGGCGGCCGACGUCUCCGGCGAAGCGCUCGUCACGGACAAGAAAGACAGCACUGAGGCUCCAUCCGUCACUGAUAAGAACCAUGGGGAACCCCGCGGGCUGGCACUUGUGAUCGUCAACGACGGCUCUGGUGCAGCAUUAGUCACGGAGAAAGAUGGCGGUGAAGCUCCUGCAGCCAAGCGGCCGCUCUUGGCCAAGGAACCUGCCGCAUUCAGUACGCCAGAGUGCAGCACCCAGCCCUGCAAACUGCCCCUUGUGGCAGCUGACGAAAACUCUGCUCCGGCCCUAGCCUCCGACAAGGAGGGUGACACUGAAGCUCCAUUUGUGAAGCACAAGCGACGUCGUCGGACCUGCAGAUCAGAGCCGGCAAAAUCCACCUGCGGCUCUCCCUCGACAUCAAUUGCAGACAAGAAGGCCGGUGGCAACGUUGCAUCUGCUCCACCCAAGGGCCGUGGCUGGUUGCGCAAACCGUCAUUGAUGGCUGCCGCCGACGAUGAAAUUACACCCAAUGAGGCUCGAUCAGCACAGGUCAAGCCGCGCCGCAAACCUCGCAAACAGUUUCUGCUGAACUUUUAUGAUGAGGUACCAAAUAGUCCGAAGUUCUGUGUCCUCGCACUGCCUGCCCAGGUGCCGGGGGCAACAAAGGCGCCGUAG